CAAUUUCAUACGUGGCCCACUAACAAAACUCAAUGAAAAGUUUGGUUGCCAUCGAAGCAACUUUACACUGAAGUAGCAAACGCGACCCCUGCGGUUACUGCCACAGCCCCUUGCCCCAUCAACCUCCUGGCAGGCGCCCCGCUAGCCCAAGUGGACAGAAUUUAAUAAAGGCCGUGCAACUACGCAACGGCGUCUCCCCUAACCCCACAUUUAUUAUUGUGGGUGUGCGGGUGGUUGUGUGUGUGUGUGUGCUGCGCCCCCUGUCGUUCUGGCGGGGAUCACACGCUGAGAGUGAGUGAGUGCGAGAAAAGCCGCCCGCAGCGUUUUUAUAUGCGUGCAUAAUUCAAAAACAGUGCAAAAAGUUAAUGCCCAAAAGCGACGACACAAUGAUAACCAACAAUAAUUUGGAUUAUGAGAAGAGCUGCACGCAGGCUGCGACGACGACAGUGGCGACAGCAGCAGACACCACGCCAACAAUUGCCGGCGGCAACAGCAACAUCAGCAGCAACCGCAAUGGCAGUACCAGCAGCAGCAACAACUCAUCGCCGACUGCUGACAAUUUGAAUAACAGCAACUUGAAUUCGAUUACGCACACAAAUUCGAAUAUGAAUACGAAUUCAAAUUCGAAUUCGAAUAGCGGCACGAGCUCAUAUUUUAAUCGUUUUGACAAUCGCAUUGCGGCCAAUCUGGCAGCGGUCAUCACCGGGGCACGUUUUCGUUCCUCCUCCUGCAAUAGUCGCCAGCAGCAGCAGCAGCAGCAGCAGCAACAGCAACAGCAGCUGCAACAACAACAAACACUGGGCAAGUUGCAUGAUAAUGCCAGAAAUGGCAGACCCUCAUAUCACUAUUUGAAUGCGGCGCGGGGCAGGACAACAUUAACAACAGCCACGCCCCCAUCGCCAGCUAGUCGUCGACGCCCCUUGCAACUGUUCUCCCAGGCGAAUCUCAACUGCAAUGAUAACGAGAAAGUGGCGCAAACACCCAGUUCCGAUGAGGAUAACUCACCCACAGAGCUCAACAAUUGCAAGCGUCUAACGGACAAGCCGCCACUGGUUAAACGCCUGACCAUGGGUCUGCUGCGCCACAACGAGGAGUCACGCCCCCUGGUGAGCAAUGUGAUGCCCCUGAGUGCAGCUGCAUUGAAAUGCGAGGAUAGCCAGCCCAUCUACUCCAAUGGCUACAUCAACGAGGACUCCUACAUCGAUAGCAAAUUUGGCGACUCCUGUCGCCAAUCUCUCACAGCCAUUCCCAUGCUGGACAAUGUGAAUCUCAACGACAACAGCGAGUUCAAUCUCAAAAAGCGUUAUCUACGCGAAACCAGCAGCGCAAACUCUAGUCCCAAGAUCUUUGCCAAUCGACUGCGGAUGAACAAUGCAGCAGCAGCUGCUGCGGCCAGUCUAGUGGCUAAUCAGAGGAGCAGCAGCUUGGCCACUACCCUUGCCAACGAUGAGGAGUCGGAUGUGGAGCUUAAGGAUGCCUGCUGGUAUCAGGCGGGCAUCUCGCGCGACAUUGCCGUCGAGGUGCUGCAGAACAAGAGUCCUGGCGCCUUUCUCGUCCGCAAGAGCAGCUCCAAGCCAGGCUGUUAUGCGUUGACCCUACGCGUUCCCUCGCCACCCGGUCCCAAGAUAGCAAAUUAUAUUAUACUACGCUCUCCGCGUGGCUACAAAAUUAAGGGCUUUCGCAAGGAGUUCUCUAGCUUGAAGGCGCUGAUAACCCACCAUUCCGUAAUGCCGGAGCUGCUACCCGUGCCCCUGGCUAUGCCACGGCCGGCAAAUAUGUCGUCGUCACGACGUAAUCUGGAUGACUUUGAUACCUAUGAUUCGCUGCAGAUGCUGCUGAAGUAUCUGCGCGCUAAGAAUCUGGAAACGGAGCAGUAGCAUAAGAUAUACAAUAUAUCAUCAAUGAUCUCUUACUAUAAUUGUAGCACAAGAUUGCAUUUCAGUUGUCAUGAGGCAAAAUAAUUUUGCUUGAAUAUUCUAUACCAAAAAUGUGAUACUCUAUAAAAAAGAACACACUCACACAAACACACACACGUACACACAAGCACGCACACACUCAAAAGAUACACUAAUUAACACGGAAACUGCAAAUGAAACGCCUAGCUGAUAAAUGGUGAAAAUAAUUCUAGUUUAGUUUUGGGUUUUUUUGGCAAUAAAAUAAACCAAUAACACACAAUGCAAAAUAUGCCGAUGGGUGAGCAGUGGGAAAAUGUGAAAGUCACUUUAAAUUAUAAUUCAGACGAAGUUUAACUUUUAGCCUAUUCAUUUUCAAAUUAAUUCACGCAUUUUCUAUUGCGAAAACCUGGCAAAUGAAAUGAA